AGCGCAAGUCGCACCUCUCCCUUCUCCAUUCGGCGGCCGAUCAGUACGGACGUGAGAGUUUUGUUAGCUCGUGCAGUGCUAUUUGAGUAUCCGUUAAAACGCGAUUUAUAAUUGUGUUUUAAGUGUUAGAUUGAGAAGAUAUAAACAAAUAUAGAAUAAAGUAUGGCUGAUCAGGAGAACAAGGACUUCAGCGAAGAUAUCGCCGAUCAAAACUUCGAGCAGAACGGCGAAGCUGAGAACGGCGGCGGGGACGCCGCAGAAAAUGGCCAAGAAUCGCAGGAGGAAAGGUCGACUGGGGGUAAUCAGGAUUCUUUAAAUGAUAGGAAAUUGUUUGUCGGUGGAUUGAGCUGGGAAACUACGGACAAGGAACUGAGGGAUCACUUUGGCAGAUAUGGAGACAUUGAGAGUAUUAAUGUCAAAACAGAUCCUAACACCGGACGGUCGCGAGGGUUUGCCUUCAUUGUUUUUGCAAAGGCGGAAUCGCUCGAUAAGAUCAUGCAAGCUGGAGAUCAUAUAAUCAAUAAUAAGAAAGUUGACCCUAAGAAAGCAAAGGCUAGGCAUGGCAAGAUAUUUGUUGGCGGUCUUUCAACAGAAUUAUCAGAUGAGGAUAUUAAAAAUUUCUUUUCUCAGUUUGGAACGAUCGUAGAAGCAGAAAUGCCAUUUGACAAGACAAAGAAUCAGAGGAAAGGUUUCUGUUUCAUCACUUUCGAAUCUGAACAAGUCGUCAAUGAAUUACUGAAAACUCCCAAGCAGACGAUUAACGGUAAAGAGGUCGAUGUGAAGAAGGCGACACCUAAACCAGACGGUAUGGGUGGUAUGCGAGGCGGUGCCGGAGGUCGCGGUGGCCGUGGCGGUAGGGGAGGCAGAGGACGCGGCUUUGGCGGUCAAGGCGGUUGGGGCCAAGGCGGUUACGGAGGUGGAUACGGCGGUGGAUACGGUCAAGGCGGUUAUGGCGGUGGCUAUGAUGGAUACGGAGGAGGCUACGAUUAUUACGGCGGUGGGUACGGCGGCUAUGGUGGUUACGACUACAGUGGAUACGACGGCUAUGGCUAUGGCGGUGGUAGUUACGAUGGUGGCUACAGUGGUGGGCGCGGUGGUGCACGCGGUAAAGGUUUCCAGUCCUACAACAAAUCUCAUAACUCGUUAAAUCAUCAUUCCAUUAAACCGCGUCACUUUCAGCAAGAUUAUCAACAACGCAGACUACUGCCGCAAAAUAAAAUGGAUCAUCAGGAGUCACGACAAAAACUGUAAUAAUUUCACGUUUUGCGUCUAGCAAUACACAUCUGUAUUAUUGAGGAAACAAAAGCAAAAGAUAUAUGAAUAUAUAUACAUAUACGUGUGUACGUAUGUGUCUGUCAUAUGUAUAUAUGUAUAUGUAUAUAAAUACACGAUGCUUUCUUCCAUCUAUCGUUUACCCUUUUGUACAAAGUGAAAAAUGUUUCAUAUUUCUCAUAUUGGCUCCCGUUCACAUACUUCAUCUUAUUUAUCAUUAAUUUUUUUACCGCUAAUACGUUAUGUCGUUGAACGUAAGGCAGCGUUGCAUCGUAGUAGUAGGUACGUUUAUGAAUUGGUAAUGCUUCAGCGAUAUACUGAACAAAAUUAUUAUUGGGAACGUAUGGAUGAUUAAAUCGACGGUAUGCUGCCUUACGAUUAGAUAUUGUAACGUAAUAAUAUUUUUGUGCAAAUGGGAAAGCAAAGGAUGAUAGGAGAUAAUUUAAAUGCAGAUAUAGGGAAAGAAAAACAACACAUUUCUUAUUCACCAUUUGGGACUGUUGAAAAAUAACUGAUAUGUGUCCCUACUUUUAACAAUAAGAUUAUUUUAAUUUGUUUAUAAAAGCUAAACUUAAUAAGAGAGAAUACAUUAUAGAGGAGUAAGCAGGCAAUGUACUUUUUACACGGCUACGUUAAGACAAAAACUAAGAAUGAAAAGUACCGAUUUGUUUAUAAUGAUUACGUGAAAUGUAAAAUGAGGUAAAAAGAUUAUUGCUUCCUUAUUGGUAAGAGAAAUAGGAUAUAAUAAAAUCAUUUUGUGUACAUAAUAUAUACCGCAUGUUUGUAUUUGUGUUGACCGAUCCUGAUAACUUUAGUUCUCUUUUUGGAAAACGAUAUGUACACAAUGUUACUUUGAAAUAUAGUGAUAAACGUCUAUGCAUUAGAUUUAAAUAAGACUGACACGAGGAUUUAGUGGAUUUAUAUUACGAAACAAUAUUUUGCUGAUUCAACCACAAAAACUUGCAUCGAGAACUAAGAUAUUCUUUAUUUCUAUUUAACGUGCAAGGAUACCUGGUAUAGUCGAUGGGAAAAAUAUAGCGCGACGGUAAAAUUGAUCUGGUGGACCGAAGCGUGCAAUACGAACAUACACUUUUAAAUUUAUUCCAUUCGUAACAGUUAUUUCAUCUUUUCCAUUAUUUAUCUUAUUAAAUCAUGGACAAUUAUUUCCUUUCGAUCAGAUGAAUAUAUUACAGACAGGAUGGUACGGCUUCGGUAAUAGAUGAUCUCGUUAUAUUUCUUCCACCAGCUAUACAUUAUAUUUAUAUACGAUAGUUUCAUUCUAGACAAAAAGGACAUCGUAAUAAGGUUUUUAAAAAUAAAAGAAAAUAUUGUAUUUUUCUCAAGCUCCACACUGUUCUAUGUCAUAAAAGUAUUAUAUUAAACCAAUUAGACAAAACAA